GCUUUUUGGUGUCCCUGGAUGACUUCUACAUACUCGGCAGUGGCUUGGUGAUGUUGCAGACUACCAACAGUGUGUUCAACCAAACCCUCAUCAAGCAAGUGGUGCCUGAGUCCCUGUUAGCUUGGCAGAGGGUCCGCAUUGCCAACAUGAUGGCUGAUGGUGGCAAAGCUUGGGCAGAAACCUUCUCAAAGUGCAGCUCUGGGACCUACAACAAUCAGUACAUGGUGCUGGACCUGAAGAAGGUCAAGCUGCAGAAGAGCCUCGAUGAUGGUGCGCUGUACAUUGUUGAACAGAUCCCGACCCUUGUGGAAUAUUCUGAUCAAACAAAUAUCCUCCGGAAAGGUUACUGGCCUUCAUACAAUAUCCCUUUCCAUGAAAAGAUUUACAAUCUCAGUGGGUAUGCAGCGUACGUUGAGAAGUAUGGCAUGGAUUUCUCUUACGAACUUGCUCCAAGAGCAAAAAUCUUCCGCCGAGACCAGAGCAAAGUGACCAACUUGGAAAGCAUGAAGUACAUCAUGAGAUACAACAACUACCAGCGUGAUCCUUAUGCCGAACACAAUCCUUGCAACACCAUUUGCUGCCGGGAAGACCUGAAUCCUUCUUUUCCAGUGCCUGCAGGCUGCUAUGACUCCAAGGUGUCUGAUUUCCGCCUGGCUUCAGCGUUCACAGCCACUGCAAUCAAUGGCCCCCCAGUGCAGGGCGGUCUCCCCGUCUUCACCUGGACACGGUUUAACCACACACGACAUCAGGGCCUGCCAGAAUUGUACAACUUUCAUUUUGUCACCAUGAGGCCAAUCCUGUAAAACCAGCAUCAAUAUUCCGAAAUGGAUUUUUUUUUAAUGGAAAUUUUCAUUCCUGUAUGUAAUAAAUCGACCUGGAUGUCCACAUCCC